CUGGCUACAAGGUUCCGGAUCUAGGAUGGGUCCGUAUGUUGUCGACGUGGCGGCGCCGCGAAGGGCGGGGAGUAAGAGUGUGUGAGGGAGAGGAAGAGAGAGCGGGGCGAAGUAGUGCGCGUGGACAGAUAUGAUUGGCAAUGUCUGAGGUAGAGGAUGGCACAAGGAGUGAUAUUUCAGCUGCAGUGGCAAGCUUGUCUGUGGAAGAUGAGUUCAGUGUACCAUCUAGAAAUGAUGCUGAAGUUCCAGCCACUGCAGCGUCUUCACAAGUGAGUGAUUCUUUGGUGUCCAACCCCAAUCUAGUGCCAAUUGAGAAUAAGAGCUCCAUCCAACAAGACACCAUACGCCAUACUGAGGCUGGGGAUGAACCUAAGCCAAGUGAUCCAUUAGAAGAGAGUGCAGCAAAUGAUUCUGUGUUGACAGAAGAAACAAUUAACAUAUCUGCUGGGUGCAAGGAAGCAAUAAGUCUUGAACCAGAAUCCAUCAGAUUUCAGGUGUUUGAUGAACAUGCAUCAACAGAGGAAAAUGUUGUUGAGGAAUCAACUUCUGACAAAAGAAAAGCCUGGGGAUCCUGGGGAACCUGGGGGAAAUCGUUGCUGUCCACAGCAACUGCAACUGUUGGUCAUGGGCUGAGCACCGUAAUGGAGAAAGCAGAAGCAUCCCUUAAAAUACACAGUUCCCAAACAUCUGAGGAGACGACACUGCCUGAGCCAAAUGAAGUUACAGCAAUAUCAGAUCCACAAGAAGAAACCGAUUCUGUACAUGUUCCACCCUCUUCCCCCAUUGCUGGAUCUCGUGGCAUGCUUUCAACAAUUUCUAAUGUUGUUCAAAGCACAGGUAAAACUGUGAUCACAGGUGGCUUGGAUGCACUAGAAUUUAUUGGCAAGAAGACCAUGAAUGUCCUUGCAGAGAGUGACCCUGGAUUCAAGAAAACAAAAAUAUUAAUACAUCGAACUGCUACUUUGUCCCAGAUGUUAAGGGAAGCAAAAGAAAAGGAGAAACAAAGAACUACUGUUGAGAAGACUGCUCACUAUGGGAUGUUGUUUGAUGACUUUCAAGGUCUAUCACAUUUGGAAGCUUUGGAAAUUCUGUCCAAUGAGAGUGAGAUAAAAGAGGAUGUUUUGAUGUUAUCAAUUGAGAGUCUGGCUGAGAUAACAGCACGCUGCAUUGAGCAACUCCAUAAAGUAGCUGAGUUAAUCCUCCAUGGACAGGAUGUGGAGAAGCCAGCAUUGGAUCAGUCUAAAAUCCUCACUAAGUUAACUAUUGCAAUGUGUACGGAAGUGUCCUCACUUUCUAAGAAAUUUGCUUCCUGUUUGACUCAAGCCGGGGCUAAAAAGAAAGCAGAGGUUUUAAAUCCACAGAUAAAUACUAUAUUAUUGGAGGGCUCUAACAGUACUACCUACAUUCAAGGUGCAUUUCAAUUACUGCUUCCAAUUCUUCAAAUCUGCCACCUGCAGUCCAACACCAACAAAGUGGACGAAUAAACUAGGAAACCGUGUGACUAUCUUUGCAUUUAUUAACACUAGAUUUUGAACUGCAGAAUUUUGGGCAGCCUGUUGCAAAGUUGGCAGGAACCUCAUUCUGCUCUAAAGGGUUUACACUAAGAUUGUAGUAAAGAAAUAUUAGUAGAAUUUCUGUUACUUUUGUAAGCAUAAUUAUAACACCAAUUGCCUUAAUUCUUGAAAGAUCUAAGAUAAUACAGUGAAAUGAGUAGUGUUCUAUGGUGUACCAUACUCUUUGAAUAGCAAUGAUCACAAAUAAUACAUAUAUCAAAUUUAACUCCAGUGUUUGAGACAUCUGAGAGCAUUAACUUUUACAGUAUUUGGAAAAUUUUUCAAUUUCAAAUUACGGUUUAUCCAAAAUGAAAAAUACUAUUUGUGAUAAUAUUUAAAUUACACCAUUGAUACAAGAAUUUAGCUUUAACUCACUUGAGACCGACGAUGCACUUUUCUAUUUUAUACCAUUAAACACUAGACAAACAUCAUCAGUAAUAUUUAUACAUCAUUUCAAUAAUUUCAUCUUUAGUGUUGCAAGGAAAUAAUGAUUUGAUUCAAGAUGGGAAACAAGAAUUAUUUAUAAGAUAGUAGGGAAUCACUACAAUGCUUUAGAUGCAUUCAGUGAAUAAUGUGCGAAGGUUAAAUGUUACUGUAUAUUUUAAAUGUCUUUCUAAAAAAUUGUGCUGAAUAGCCAUUAUUAAAAUAUCAUUGAUAUAACCUACACUAACCUGAAAUGAACAAAAAUAAACUAAAUGCAUGUUGGUUAAAUACAUAAGGACUGAACUUCCACAGAGCUGUCCUAAACUCCUGUUGUAACCUCAAUGAGAGACCAACAGAAUCUUAGAGUUUUCUGGAAAAGUGGCAAUUUCUCCAAGAUCUCUGCUUAUCACCAGUGAAGUUGUCAAUCUCUUUGGAAAUUCAAUCAUAUAUUUCUAAUUUUUUUUUCCUUUAACCAUGCAUUAUAUACUAGAAUAUUCCCCUUCUUGGAAUCCAAAUUACAGUUUUCUCGAGAUUUAGAUGAGUUUUGUGUCAUGUUUUAAUUUACGUAAAGUAAUUUGGGAAAUUAAACAAUGAGAAAUGAGUGAAGAUCUGAAGCUGAACUUAUAGCUCCCACUAAGCUGGAAGCAGAGAUUGACCACCAUUAAAAAUAGUGCCGUAGUUGGUGUGCCCCUGCUUCAUCCUGCCCCUGGACAUUUUCCCAGAGCAGGAUAGUGAGGGCAACAGGUAUUCUCGCCAGCAUGUGCUUGAUGGCCAAUUAAACUGGUUGGUGGCCGAUUGAAAAAAGUUGAUUGAGAUUUUUCAUUUGGCCUACAUUUUCUGUAGGUGAUGGGGAAUGGUUUUCAGUGCUGCAGGCAGACAUGAUGUCAAGAAUUCUUCUGCUUGCUAGGGCACAGCAGCAAUUGCAGACCACAACUUCAGUAGGCUUCCUUCCUACCCCACUCCCAGCAGUGACCCAGCUGCAAGGACCAUUUUUUAUUUAAUGUUUAAAAAACAUUUUAACUAGAACCCCUGCAUGUGGGGCAUCCUCACUUUCACUUUAAUGCCACAGCAUCCUACUGCUGCUGCUUUCCAGCUGGAGGGCCUUAUCUAGGACUCCAACUUCAAGAACGUGCCAGCCACACUUUAUUGGAAAGUGAACCUGCCUCCUGACCAUUAUCAGUUGCUCCAUAGGAAAGUCAUGCUGAGUGAUUGUUUCCCAUACCGCACAGGCUUCUGACCCUUAUUUGAACUGAGGGCAGGAUUCAACAACCUACAGGAAAAUCCUACACAUUUUAAUGAAAUUUUGACUUGUAUUAAAUGAAUAAAAAACACAAUUCCUGUAGUUUACUACAGUAAAUAAAUACACUUACGUCGACAUUUUCUUUGCUUAUAUAAAAAUAAAAUCGAUAAUCAUUUGGAUCUAACAUCAUGGGCACAAAAGACCUGCACUUGGCUUCUGUUUGGUGAAACAGGAGAGGCAGGCACAUAUCUAAUUCUUCUAUGAGAUGCACAACAACCAUAAAACUAAAGAGAAAACUGGGCUGACCUUGUUACGGCCCAUAUUUAUUUCCCUAAUUCCUUGCCAGAAGUUUGUGUUCAUCUCACUUUGAUAAUGUUGUCUCUGUAUUGGCUGGCUUAUUCACAAAAAUGGAGGGUAAUCUAAACACAACACCUGGGAGCAACAGUAUUGAAAAGCAUAAUAUUUGUAAAAGAAGUUCAGGAAACACUUGUAACUUCAAGUUCCUCUUUCUGAUGAUAUUAGUAACCAAUUAAGUGCAAUGCUUGUUUUUAUUAAUGGUUCAGAUACUAAAGGUGGUAUCACUGAAUCUAACAGUGAAAAGUCCCACCUUCAGUUUCUGGUCUCUUAGAGGUACUAGUGUUGGCCUCAGUAUUCCAGGCUGCUUCUUCCACUUGUUAUUCAGUAACUCCUGAUGGAGAUGUUGAUCUUUGACGAGAAGAUAAUCACGCAGUGAUUGAAAAACUGGUCAUCAUUUGCUAAUAAAAGGCUCACAGAUGAUGAAUGGCUAUUUGGCUAAAGCAGUGAGGUCAGCCAGUGCACGUGAAAUCAUGUUCAAGGAGUCUAAUUGUCUCCAGAGAUAGUAGGAAUUGCAGAUGCUGGAGAAUCCGAGACAACAAGGUGCAGAAC